AUGGAUGAAAUUUACAAGAUCGCUUCCACACAGAGGACCCAGAUGUUGGAGAGAGAACUGGCUGUGCAAUUGACUGAACUGAAGUCUCAGAUAGAAGAACAGGGGACUCUUCUGGGAACAGCUCAUCGAGCUUACAGCUCCGUGAAAAUGCCAAAGGACAUUUCUUACUAUAGAAGAGAAAGAGAACUGGCCCUAAAGAAAACUUUGCAGGUGGCUGAGUCAAAGCCCCUUGUUAUUCAAGCAGAUGUCAUGCAGAGGGAGCUAGAGACCUGCCUAAGAAGAGAGUACACUCCUGAAAAUUUACCUUUGCUUCUCUUGCAGAAACAAGUUGCCUACAUUAUGCAGGAGUACGGCGAUGCCCUUCAGAGAGCUGAUAGAUUGUCUGUUGCACGAGAAAACUUUCUUAUGGGAAAAAGCAAUCCUCCUAACUUAGUGACGCGGGAAGACCUGACUAUCUAUACGAAGUGGUUAGUGUGUCACCUGCACUCACUCAAGACUAUCCACCACUACCUGCAGGCCCUCCAGUAUCUGCCCAUCUCCAACGUGCUGAGUGUGGCUGUUGAUGAGGUCUCUGAGGCUGGUCAGGAAAAUGAAAAGGUCCACGCCGAUGACACCAAUGCUGACAUCCAGGGGUCUGCAUCCCCAGGCCCUAGGGAUACCAGCGUUUCAGGGCCAAUGAGACCGGAAGCUGCGUUUGUCCUGCCCCAACACACAACAGAGACAGAAGAACUGAAACCUCAGCUCAGGCUCCUGCUCUCUCAUUUCAGUAUCCCAUAUGACGUAGAGGAGCUGAGGGGUGCUGCUAAGGAGACAGAACUGUUUUUCUUGGUUUCCCAAAAAUUUCAAAGCAUCUUCAAAGAGCAGCAGAGAAUGCAAACGUUUCCAGACUAUGAUAUUGGGACAGCUAAAGCGGAGAACUGGGGUUUGGCAGGACCUGGGAUGGCCUUGAAAAAGAGAGCCAACUGGAUUUCCUUUAUAAAGAUUAAGCCAAAAUGUGAUCCUUGGCAAAAGAAGCUUUUGACUAAACUAAAAGAACAGAGAAGAAUAGAUGUAUUAAUGCAACACCAAGCAAAGUUUUUGAAGAUUUCCAGCCCUGAGCGAGUAACGCAAGUGCUCCAAGAUCACGCUGCAAAGACGGUCAUGCUGGCUCCAUCUCAUCCCACUUCCGUGGCUUCCCAGGGUUUGCAUCAAUGCGACUAUGACCGAAUCUGGGAGAAUAUUUAUAGUAACACCAACCUCUACCAGAAUGAGAACAUGAAGAAAGAUGACUUUUCGAUGGAACAAAAGGAAAAUCGCCCAAGCUACCUUCUCCAUCCAUGUGCUGGGGAGCCCGUCAAGCAGGAAAGAGAGACCGGGUACAGCUAUGCCAGGGCCCUGCACCUGCUGGGCCUGGAUGAUGGGACGGGGCCUAGUGAUGAGGAUCCUGUCCUAAGGAGAGGGGCCUACCUGUCCUUUCUGUACCUGCGCCACCUGCGAAUCAGGGAGCUGCAGCGCAUCUGCUUAGGAAUCCUGAACUACUUCAGAUCUGUUGAACGAACGCUGACGAUCAACACUUCAGGCCUUACCUUGGUUGCAGGGAACCUGGUCCCCACCAUAGAAGAGAGUUCCUGGGUAAAUAUGGCAAAAGGAGGCUCGGGCACCUUGCAAGGCCUGGGAGCUCGCCACUACGUCCACGGGACACCUGCCGAGCACAAGGUCCAUGGCACCCAAUUCAUGGAGUUCUCAGAAGUGGAGAACCAGGAUGACUACUAUAGCACCGAAGCUGGCUACGUCCACACCCAGGACCAGCAAGGGGUGCAUGUCAUGUAUGACGAGGCCUUGAGUGACCUGAAGGAACUAGAAACAGAACUGCUGCUGGUGGCCAGCCAUUACAUUGAGAAAGAAAAAGGUCACAAAGAGGACAGCAAGUCAAAUACUGGCCAGGUCUGGGGAUGGGCCCAUGCCGGAGUGGACAGAUUUGCUGUGCUGUGUGACCUGUGGACUUGGCAGGCAGCCCUUCUAGAAAACAAGCGCCAGCUUCUUGACUGUUACUUUGAAGCCUAUCAGCACACGCUGGACCCCGAGGAGAGGUUCGCCCUCGCACAAGUGAUCACUGACAUCAUGUACAGGGGCCCCAGGUUUGAUCUCAGCCACCCUUACUUCAUUAAGGCCUACCGAGACGAAUGCACCUGCCUGAGGCUUCACCUGCAGCUGCUGAGGGGCAUCCUCAACCAGCACAUCGAGCAGCAGCGGGAGUAUGUCCAGAGGCUUUGGCAAGAAGGCCGUCCAGAUGACAGCAAUAACUUUGGACUUCCCCUUAACAUAAUCUGCAAACAACGCAUUUCCAUCAACAAUAGCUGCCCCGCAUUGAAAAACAUUUAUCUGCUGGAGUUCCACCCUUCCCUGGGCCUGGCAUCGCUCAUCCCCAGAGCCCUCGAGCAUCUCUUCCAGGAGGCCCGCCACAUCUGCAGGCCUGCGUCAUCCAGCGGCCUUGCCCUGCUGGAGAGGCGGCUGCUACAGCUGGCCCUGGAUGUGUGGCUCACCCCGGCCACGCCCGAGUCCUGGUACAGCGCACAGCUCCAGAAAGACCUGCUUUCAGCGAAGGUGAUGGGCGAUCCCUUUCUUGUGGAGGAGAUAGGCCUGCUCGCACUUAAGUCUGCGGCAGCCGAAGGACAGAACCAAGGCCGAGAUGCGCGUGCGCUGCUCCUGGAGACGUUUUCCAAACUUCUGGAACUUGUGACCCUCCGCCACCGGCUGAUAGAAAUGAGCCUGGAGAGCGCACACUUAGCUCGUCUCUAUAAGAAAAUGGCGUGGGAGAUGGGCUUUGAAGAGUUCCAUUUGCAUCUGAGGCCUGUUCACUUUGAAUUUGCAACACACAAGGACAAGGUGGAUCAUCCACCUCCUGUCUUUAUCACCUCUCUGCUGGAGAACAGUGAUCGAGUAGACAGAUAUUCUCCUACUACUCUUGUCCUGGCCAUCUCUGAGGUGGAUGAUAACCAAGUUGGCAAAUUUAGUUUUUAUACGAAGGAAGCCAUCCUUAAGCUCUUGUUACAUUCGGGAGUUGAAAACAUGCAAGUGACUCUUGCAUGUCAAGCUGCUCAGAAAAAUGCUUUGAUGGUGGCUGUCCAGCAUGCAUUCUACUAUCACACUCCCCGAGGGGGCUGUCCUGCUGAUGUCAAGGAAAUAAAUUCAGAUCUGAGAAAUGAUGGUGGAAUGGGUCCAACCAGAAGAAAUUCCAGAAUUGUAAAUGGCAUAGAGAGAUUGCUGUUGGCCCCAACUCCAAAACUUCCAGACACCUUUAUUCUUCCUGCAGAAAGAUCCAAGGCUAUUAAAAGAGCUCCGGAGGCUUUCGUGUCUAUUCAAUUAGAAAAGGUGGGACUGCGGGACAUGAUGCUGAAUGCCUUCCUCCUCAGGAAACAAACCAUGGCUGACUCAGUGAACCUCGAUGAAAUUGAGAAAACCAAGAGAGAGGUCAUAGUUGAAUAUUGUCAGAAAUUUAACCAGCACAUGUCUCACUAUGCUCUUCGGGCUCAGAUCAUGGCCUACUGCAAUAGCCUGAGGGCCCUGCUGGAAGAUUUCCCUACCAUCAGGGACACCUUUUUCAUGGUGGGGCAACCACAAGAAAAGAAGGGGUUGAGGGAUUCCAAGAAGGGCUGCAAGGAUGACCUCAGGUGCGUAACUUCCGUUAGAGCUUGUUGCUCUCCCUCUCUACCCUACCCCUCACAGGGAAGAAGCAUGUUAAGUUUGGCAUGGAAAUCUUGCUCCCAUUAUUGCAUUUGACCUUGAUUUUCCA